AUGGGUGCUCUUAUGUCGAAGAUGUGGUUCAUGCUAUUCCCGGCCAAGGAGUACAAGAUCGUCGUGGUCGGCCUUGACAACGCCGGCAAAACGACGACGCUUUACAAGCUCCAUUUGGGGGAGGUUGUCACCACGCACCCAACCGUCGGCAGCAACGUUGAGGAGCUUGUGUACAAGAACAUUCGAUUUGAGGUGUGGGAUCUUGGAGGACAAGACAGGCUAAGGACAUCAUGGGCUACCUACUAUCGAGGCACACAUGCUGUAAUUAUCGUGAUAGACAGCACAGAUAGGAGUAGGAUCUCCAUAAUGAAAGACGAGCUGUUCAGCCUUCUUCCGCAUGAGGAUCUACAGAGUGCUGUUGUACUUGUCUUUGCAAACAAACAGGACCUUAAGGAUGCUAUGACCCCUGCAGAGAUAACCGAUGCUCUUUCUCUUCACAGCAUAAAGAACCACGACUGGCACAUCCAGGCUUGCUGUGCCCUAACAGGGGAAGGUCUGUAUGAUGGUUUGGGCUGGAUUGCGCAGAGAGUUACUGGAAAAUCGACGAGCUAA